UUCUUGAAGGUUAUCCCUUGUAAGUAACUGAUUCACAUUACAUAUUUGAAAUUCUAAUGAAGUGGCAGUGUAGUAAUGAGGAAGAGGUUGUCAUCAGGUUGUCAUUUAUCUAGAGCAGAAAGCAGUGACUCUGGGUGGAAUUUGUCAAGUCUGUGUGAAGAAAUUCCAGCCCCAUUUGUGGUUGGUGCAGCAAGUCUGCAGAUUUUAUGGCUUGUAGCGUAACUUGGGGAGUCCACAGCAGUGUAAGUGUAGGAUUAGGCUAUAAUAUAAGUACUUGUAAAACACUUUGUGAGAGCAAAGUACCGAAAAUUGGCAUGUUUCAAAAAGGGAACAAUGUGUUUUCCACGAAAAAUAACUUGGCAAUAUGCUGAUUAGCAACUUGUGCCACAGAUUCCAAACUUAACAGGUAACUCCUGGUACUAAAGACUUCUUCAGACCAAGAUUUACCUUUCAUGAGAUGCUUUUACAUUUUGGAAACACUGGAAAUCCUGCGUAGAGGCUGCUUGAGUCUGUAUGGGUGUUCUCAUCUACACGGUUGUUAUUUUGAAUUUGUCAGCUUAUUCUUGAGGAUGUAGUGCCCUGUCAUGAUACUUGUUUUUCUUUACUACAGGACUGUAAUUGAAAAGGUUUUCAAAACCUUUCUGCAUCAGCCAAACAAGACAAUGGUACAAAAGAAGUUGGAAAAGGAAUUAAACCACUGUUAGACAAUGACCAUUCCUCUUUCAAGGGGAGGCGAUGGAACAAAACCCUUGCAUGUGCAGUGCCUGACACUAAGGGCUGCGUGCCCAAACCUCUUGCCACCAAGGAAGAAUGAAUGUCCUGUGUUCCCAUCACUUUUCCAAAGGAAAAAUGCAUGUGCCCAGUAUUUGCCUGCAGAUGCUGGACCAGGUAUUUACAAGGCAUCUAUCACCUUGGUACCUAAGCAGUUUGAGAAAUGCACCCACCCCAGGAGGGAUGAUGAGAUACAGACAGAGGCCCAGGUCCAGAGCAGCAGAGGCAGGGCCCGGGAAGCUUCCCCGCUGUGUUCCCGCUGUUGUUGGGCUCCUGGCCCUCUUGUUGUGGCCAAGGGACAUCUCCACCCACCUGUCUGUCAGCAGGAAGAGACGGUGCCUGCCCCAGCCCUCCCGUGCAGCUCCGCUGGUGGGCAGUCUGAAAAGGAAAGAUAAUGGAAAAGGCAACGAUCCGGUAGCAGAGGUGAAACAGGAAUGGUGGGAUUUCAAAAGGAGGGCUUCUUAAAGAGCAGCACAUCUCAGGGGAGGGAUCAGCUGCCAGUCCAAGUGGCAGAUGUCACUGGGGAGCAAGAUGGGGAGGUUCCUGGAUCCUCGGGGCAAGCCAGCCAUCACCGAGGGAGCUCGCUGUCCACACCGGCCGAAGAACAGGAAUCCUCGGUGCCUGCCUCUGACGAAGACUCGCCAGCCAGGACCACAGAGAGCUGGCAGUGGCCGCUGUCCUCGUCUGAAACGCACAGCAACGUUGGGGAGGAUUUUGAGGGAUUUCAAACGCCGGCGCGGACUCCAGAGUGCACCAUGGACAUACAGUCUCCCGGGGAUCAGUCACUCAGUAGGACUCCUCAGUUUGAAAGUGACUCUCCUGAGGAGGAGGGAAAUGAUGAGAUGAAUGAAGAGCGCUGCGGUGUUGAGCCUGUCCCUAGGGAUCGGGGUUGGAGAGGGCAGCCCCAGCUAACAGAGGGAGAGAAGCUGUUGAUGGAAACCAACAGUAGGAUUGUGCAGCUGCUGGAAAAUAUCAAGAGGGAGCAUGCACAGUCCAUGGGUCUCAUGUCCCAGUCCAUGGGCCGUAUGGAGCUGCAGCUGGGCAUUGUGGCUACCUCCACAAGAGCCAUCCAUAACUACCUGUCAGAGAUUUUAGCUUUCCUCAAGCAGCCGAGGACACAGGUCCUCGAAACACGCAUCUCCCAAAGAGCCACCCCCCAUGUCGAGUUGACGUGUGCCUCGACAUGGACUGGUGAGGACGCAGUGGCAUCCUCCACUGUGUGCUUACCAGGGGCCGAAGGGACGAGCGACUCUCGCGACCCGCCGCAGGCCACCCUGCCUUGUCGCAGUGGCCGGCUGCAGAGAGCCAUAACCGAGAGGGCCUCGCUGCCCAUGCCUCCACGCCAGGCAAAAGGGGGAGGGAAGAAAAAAUAACCACUUCAUAGGAUUUUUAGAGUUUUUUUUAAUGUGCCUGUCCUUUUAAUUCUUAGCCAUAAGGCCAUCGGUGGCAGAGUUCAACCAUUUCCUACAUUGGCUAACAUUGUAUUCUGGCUGACUAGAUUAGUCUAACAUUUUGUAGUUUAUAUUUGCACUGUUAACGAUGUGUGCUGCUGGUAUUUGAAGAACAUUUGCCUCUGUUCUUUCACUUUAAAUUCAUACAAGCAUUUUUUUACUCUGUGCCAGGCAUUCAUUGCUUUUCUUACAAAUACAAGUCAUUUCUUGA